AUGUCAGUCCCUACCGCGCCAUGCGAUGACGACACCCUCCUCAGUGAUAUCCUGGCCUUCGUCGACACAUUCCCGGCAGACAGCGAGCAGCUACUUAAUGAUAAUACCGACACAAUUGACUCCAGUGCAAUGCAUGAAGACGAUGGCAACACUGCAGCCAUCACUGCUCAGUCGAGAGAGGAGCGACGACGCAUGGCUAAUCGACUGAAAGACAGGAACAAGUACCUUAGGAAAAAGGAGAGGAUCCCCAAGCUCCACGCAGAAAUAGAGCAGCUCACCAAGAUUCUUGCAGACUAUGAACGUGGCCGAAUUCUUCAAAGCCAACAAACCGAGACUUCCUUAGUGGGGAAGAACGAGAAAGAAAAGCAGCUUAUUCAACUCUCCAACGAAAGGAAUGAUCUGCUGAUUGAGAACGCUCAGCUCCGCAAACAAUUCCGCCGAGCCUCUGCUCUUGCUACCAACCUACAACAAAUGCUCAAUAGCGAGCACAAACUGUCACUGGGUGUCAUCACGCCGAGCUACGGCGUCUUGAAGAGCAUGAAUCGAGCACGCGAGAUCUGUGUCUUCUUGGACCCGUUUCGUACCGAGAAGCUGUUCGCACCGAUCAUGAAUGUCCGGUGUCGUCUCGUACAGCGCGUGGACGGCGACAACGUUCUCUUCUGCUACGACCAUGCUGCCUCGUGCGUCUUGUCCGAGAAGACGGACAUUCCAUCAGUAAGCACGAUGGCUCUAGUGACUCGAGUCUCCACAGGUGCUAGUCACCUCAUCAUCACUCGUGGACUGCGACAUGGAAGUGUGGAAGUGCAAGAUCUACUUCGAUCGACAACUACGGACCGCAGACGUGAGAUCUGGCUAGAGACGUUGACUUGGAUUCAAUUCGAGCAGCUUGGCCAGGACUGCAAGGUGACUAUCGGUGGGAUUACGCCAGCGCUUCGCCAAAGCUCGUACUUCUGGAUGAUCGAGUGCGUCCAACUAGCUCUCCGAUGGGAGAUGGCAGUCCUUGGCCCGCGUUUCCGAGCGACAUAG